UUGUCAUCAAGAAGCCCUUUCUUUUCAGAAAAGAGACCAUGGCUCGCUUCUCGCUAGCCAUGUGUGUGCUUGUGCUCGGGCUCUUCUGCCUGUCAGGUGCUGAAGAGAGCCAAGAAGAGUCCAGAGAAAAGCGGGAUGUACCAAACUGGGCUCUGACCUCCUCUGACUUUUUCGGCUGGAUCGAAGAGCUGCGCAAUCAUGCUGGCUAUGAUAAAAUCGAUGAGCUGGCCAGAACCUUCUGGGCUCAUUUCCCCUCGGCUAGUCGUCUGGGUUAUGAUUCCCCAGCUCCUGAAGAAUGAUGGCGUAUAUGCUGUUUUUCUGUGUUAAACUUACUCUGUCUGAACUGUUCAUAAAUUCCUGCAUAUGUUAAAGGGCCAUUAAAGAUUGUCAAAAUGUC